AUGGCAAGUAAAGAAAUAUGGCUUGAGAAGUAUCGUCCUCGUACAUUAGAUGAAGUUUAAGGUAAUGAAGAUGCCUUGAUCAAGUUAAGAACAAUUGCAGAGGAAGGUAACGUCCCAAAUAUGAUAUUAGUUGGUCCUCCUGGUAUUGGUAAAACUAGUUCAGUACUUUGUUUAGCAAGAACACUACUUGCAGAUGUAUUUGAUUCCUGUGCUCUUGAAAUGAAUGCUUCUGACGAAAGAGGUAUUGAUGUUGUCAGAGAAAAAAUAAAGAGUUUUGCAUAAAAAAAGGUAAAUUUAAAGCCUGGUCUUCAUAAAAUAAUUAUUCUUGAUGAAGCUGAUUCAUUAACUGAAGGAGCUUAACAGGCUUUAAGAAUGAUUAUUAGUGAUUUUGCUGAUACUACUAGAUUUGUAUUAAGUUGUAAUGAUAGUUCAAAAUUAAUUGAUGCUAUUCAAAGUAGAUGUGCUAUUUUAAGAUUUACUAAGUUAACUGACGAAUAAAUAUUAAGAAGACUUGAAGAAAUUGUAGAAAAAGAAAAUAUCAAAAUAGAUAAGGGAGGUAAAGAAGCUCUACUCUUUACAUGUGAAGGAGAUAUGAGAUAAGCAAUUAACAAUUUAUAAGCUACCUACACUGCUUUCAAACUUGUAAAUAAAGAAAAUGUCCUUAAGGUUUGUGAUGUCCCAAAUGUUGAAGUCCUUUAACAAGUUAUUGCAGAAUGUGUUAAUGGAAACUUCCAUGCUGCUUAAAAGAAACUUUAUCCACUAUGGGAAGAAGGAUAUACUGCUUACGAUUUAGUUAACAAUUUAUAUAAACUUAUCCAAACUCAAGAUAUGGAUAAAUAGCUUCAAUAUGAAUUUAUGAGAGAAAUGGCUUUCCUUAAGAUGAAAGUUCUUGAAGGCUUGCCAACAUUCUUGCAGAUUUCUGGAUAUCUUGCUAAAAUAUCUUCUAUUGCAAACUCCAAAAAAUGA